UCGUUUCCCAAAUUUAUUUCUCAGAGUAGGGCCCCCCUUUCGUCCUCUUCUUCAGCCGUCCCCCAAGUCCCAGUACCACCGUCGCAGCCGGAGGGGAGAGGACGGAAGGCAAUGCCGUGCUGCCAAACGUUGCUCACCGCUGCCGCCGCCGCCGCCGCUAGCACGCCGGUAUGGCUCCACCGGCUGCACGCCAAAGAGGGCCUCUCCUUCCCCUCCCACCUCAACAUCGACGACCUCCUCUAUGGGGGGCGACAGGCCCAGCCUCCCCCGCCCCCGACCCCGCCCGUGCCGCCGCCGCCUCCUUCCUCCCAUCACCAGGCCAGCCUCGCCGUAGUCGUCAGGGAGCCGCCUCCCAAAGCCGUCGCUAAGCCCAAGCAGCCGCAGCAGCAGCCCCGCCCGCCGCGCAAUCCCUCGCGACCAAACCCUAGCUCUAGCAAUUCCCCACAGCCGCGGCAGCAGCAGCUCGCCGUCGUGAUCUCCGACGUCUUCGCGGUCCCGUCCUCCGCGCCGCCGGGCACCCCGCCGCCCAAGGCCUUCCGAAAGCAAUCCCGGCCUCGCCCGAGGACCGACGACGACCAGCCGAUCUCUGUUCUGCCUCCUCAGCCGCGCCCCCACAAGGACAAGAAGGAAAAGAUCGCCAAGGCCAAGAAGCGCCGUCGGGCGGAGCGCGCCGCGGGGGCCGACGGGGAGCGCACCAGUAAGACCGACGUCACCGUCAUUGACACCAGCAUUGACGACUGGAAAGCCGCCAAGGUGCUCAUCCGCAGGGGCGACAUCUGGAAGGUCCGCGACAAGAAGCCUUCUGCAGUGUCUGAAUUGGAGGAUGCCAUCGCCAAGGGCAAGAGGAGGGCUGGCCUUGUCUCCAAGCUGCUGAGAGACAAGGAAAAGGAGAAGCUUAAGGGGAAAGAAGCAACAAUAGCAGGAUACAUUGAAGCUGGUAAUGGAGAUGUGACUAAAGAAUCAGAGGACUCCGACAAGGUGUUAGUAGUUCUGAACCAGAGCCAGAAGGCCAAAUAGAGGCAAGAAAAAUGGGUCAGACAGCCCUACUAUAGGUGACUUGGGAGGAAAUUGAGGACAAGGCACAUACAAAAUUGUCAUUUCAUUGCAAUUAACAUAUUCAGUUUGAUUAAUGUCCUAUUGAUCCUUUUUUUGUGUCUUGAUCUCAUCCUACUAGAAGUCCAAAAUUCCAAUCAUGAACAUGAGGCCUUCUGGAGUUGGUAGGAUAGCAAUGUUUUUAGAUGAACCCUCACAAGGCCACCUAAAUGUUUUCCAUUUUCCCCCUUUUGUAGAGAAAGGUCAAGUCAUCAAAAUGUUAUUGUUGGCUUUUGUUGGAGUUGAUGGGCGUCUGAUUCAAUUGGUCUGUUUGCGUGUACUGCAACUCGGUUGGGUACUGUAAAUGUAAUGUUCAUAUUGGUUGCUCAGUUGCUGUACAAGUUUGGUUCGUUGGUU